AUAUAGUUAACUAUUUGUUAACCAAGGAAGUUUGAAAUGAAUUAGAUAUAUAGAUAGAUGUCCAUAUUUUACAUGGCUAGCCAGGCUCACAAAAAUCGAGCCAGGGAUAUACCCUGUCUAUUAUUUCUAGAAGAGGCUAUAAGUCAGAUCAGGAGUCCUAGAGUAUUUAAUGCUCAUUUUGAGCUGCACAGACCGAAUAUAGAAUCGCCACCAAGGAAAUUGAACCCUGCUUUCCCGCACAAAGUGCAAGAGUUAUAACCGCUAAACUAUGGCGCCUAAAUUCAGCCGUGCUAGCACGUUAAUUGACUCUGUCCCUUUUGGCCAUUUGCUUUUUGUGUUUGUUUGUUGUUAACUUGUUGGAUAGUAGCCUUGUGGUUAUGGAGUUCGCCUCGUAAUCACAAGGUCUGUGGUUCGGUCCGCAACGCGGACAUGUUUAGCAAGUGUCUUUACUACAGCUAUGGGUCAAUCCAUGCCAUGUGAGGGAAAUUGGGUAGGUAAUGCCAGUGUAUACUUAAUGUAUACAUCCCGAACACAGGACCCACAUUGAUAACAGUGUUUCAAACACUGAAGUGGCUAUAUCCUGUAUAAAUAUUCGGAAUAAUAAUAAUAAAGGGUAACUUUUGCAUAUUACCACACUUGCUCUGUGCAUAGAAAGGUUGGGGCAUUCAGAAGUACAGUCAGAAAUUCAAAUUAGGCUAUAAUGAUGUAAUUAGUCUACAAUAGGCUAUUUAGGCGAUUUAUUUCUCCUAAUUAGGCUAUAACAUGGUUCUGUCUAGGCGCUUUUCUGUUGCAUAAUUGCAACAAUUUUAUUAGCUAAAAACAUUCUAUAAAACCUUCUUUUGAUGGCUUAAAUAUAUUUUUCUAUAUUAUUUGCACUGUCAGAAAAUAUAGUGUUAAAUUUGUUUUGAUUUAAACCCCAUGCACUGUGUUACGCCUCCUUUGUUUUACCAUCACAGUUGCUUCUGAAAGAGGGCUAAAUUUCCUGCGCUGUAUCUAUUCAACAUGGGUGCACAUAGCAUAAAUAGUCUAUUCCAGGCCUGAUAAGCCAAUCCAAAGACUUUUAACGUAUAAUUUUUAGUCCCACAAAGCAGACUAUACAAAUUUUUUGUUAAAGAUGACCUAACAAGCAACCAAACUACAAAAACAAUUGUGCAUUCGCACAUGGUUGUCAAGAUAAUUGUGAAAGAAAGAAAGUGAAUCUCCUAAAUGAGAGAUGAUCUCCUAACUAGUCUAUAGAAGGCUCCUAACUAAGCUACUAUCUUAAUUUGGCAUGAUAGUCUAAUUUACGGUUCUCCCUGACUAAAGUACGUCUGCAAAAUAUUGACUAUUUUUUGACCCCUUCUAUCUUGUGGGUAAGUUCAUUUUUGGCUUCCUCCACUGUACAUACUUGAGAUACCCUUCACUUUCACCCUUUUCCUUCAACCUCCAAUUGUUAGUAGGAAAACUUUUUCCCAGUGCUAAUUAGUCAGUCCUCAUAUACAACCCACUAAUAUAACUCAUUUCUUGCCAAAAAUCAGUGAUUAUUGUACAUUGUUAACCGUCUGGAUUUCUCAAGCGGGCAAUACAGGUUUUUAGGCAUUCUGAUUGGCUUAACACUCUUGACCACAGGCGAUGUUUUGUGGUACAUCCUGGGGUAAUCAGUUAUUAUUGUGUUAGUAUUGGAUAGCUAUAAAAAAUCGGUAAAAAAAUGAAAAUGAAAGGGAAAAUACUUUACCGAAAGCAAACACCCACAAAAUAAACACCACAUUCCAUGAAACUUUCAAGUUUGUACGCAAUACUAUUCAUAGUAUAUUUUCCCCUUUUUUCAAAGUUAUGUGCAGGACUUUUGAGAUCAAAGAGCGCCAUGGCUUAGUGGUUUUAACUCUUGCACUUUGUAAAUGUGACCUGGGGUUCGGUUUCCCUUAGCAGGGAUUCAAUAUGGGCAAGUGAAUGUUACCAUAGCUCUGAUUAACCAAAGCCAUAUGAGGGAAAUUGGCACACUGUGUGCACUGUUGAUUGUUGCAGCGAGUUGUCUAAUUGCUGACCCUAGUUGGGUCUGCAUAGCACAAAAUGAGCAUCAAAUACUCUAGGACUCCCAAUCUAAGUCAUGACCCCUCCUGGAAAUAAUAAACAGGGUAUAUUCCUCAAUAUUUUUUAGGGUACCAAUGUAAAAUAUGCGCAAUUGUCUAUCUAUCUAAGGUGAUGUUUUACCGAUGCAGUACAGCGCAUGCUUGCACAGAAAUCAUUUUAAGCAUACUGUUUUUUACUGGAUCUUACACCUCGAUAAAUUUUCAGCAUGCCUUCUAUUUUAACUACUUGAAACUUCGUUAUAAUUUGCAGCAUUAGAAUGUAUUAGAAUAUGUUAAAUUAAUGAAAGAAUAUGAUUUGUCCCAAAUAAUAAAGUUAAAAUAGGUUUUCUCAUGUUUUCGGAAUUGAUAUCAGAAAAUACUUCAAUCGUUAUUAUAAACUUCCUAACAUUUGCAAAAUUUGUACUAAAUGUUAUUAAAUAUUACAUCUUCUUUUUACAUUAUUUUUUAAACCAAACAGACUUUUUCAAAUAUUUUUAACAAAAAGCAUGCAAAGUAAACUUUAUAAUUAUGAAGAGAAGUUGCUGGAAUUAAUAACAAAUUCUCACUUCACUUUUUCGUGCAUUAAGAAUUAAUAGAAUUCAAAAAACUACCUUUUUUAACAUGGAUUAAGAAAUUGUACGGAUUGAUCACAAAACUAGCAUCCAAGGUGUGCAAUGGGUCCUACACCUGUUGAUUUUCUUAGUAAAAAUCAUGACAUCUGGAAUCAUAUAAGAACUAAAUAUUUUAUUCCUUGUAUGGACUGUUUUGGUUUUUUAUUUAGCGUGGUAUCAUAAAAAGUAGCAUGCGUUAACGGUCUACCCUUUUUUGCAAGCACUAAUUUUUGGGAGUUCAAAGACUUAAAAUUUCCUUAAUUUAAAUUCGUCCGGGAUAACAUUAAACGUAACCACCUCUAUCAUUCUAUCGUUCCAGGGAAGAACUUAAAUAAACAAUUGACUAAAAAGAGAACAGUUUACAGGUAAAAUAAUAAAAAGAAUUCCACCUGUACACGUUUUUAUAAGGUUUUUCGGUUCACCCUGAACGUUAAAGGACAUUAACUGAAAAUUUACAAAUCCAGAUCCUUUGUCAUAUCUUUAAAAUGCUUUUCAACAGAAACUCAGUCAAUUGAUCAAUAUUUUAUUUUUUUUAAUAUUUCUCAAGUUAGAAACUGGAAGUACUGAACAUACUAUAGCCUCGAUUUCAUAUUUAUUUAAUCGUAUUUGCUAUAAAUAAAAUAUUGCAUGUUUUAUUUUCUGCACCUUUUUAAAACGAUAAUCAUCAUAAUUUAAAAAACCAAUGUGAACUUACUUCAUUCUUUUCAUAGAUAUUUCAUGGAGAUUAAAAUACCUCCAUGGAUAUAUCCAGCAUAACAACUUUGUUUUUUUGUUGUUAUCAAAUUGAGCAUGAUUUGAGACUCCGACAACUGCAAUAAUACAUGUUAAGCCUUUGAAAACUGUGGCGUAGAUAAUAUUUUGCAUUUCGGAAGAAAAGGGCACUUCUUUCGUGGAUUACCUAUAGGGAACUCAAUUUCUGAGAGAAAUCGAGUUCCCUAUAGCUAUAGCCAUCUUAAAAAUAAUACUUGGCUCCCUAUUAAUAUUUCAUAACGAGCAUGUCGUUUCAAAGCAUCCGUUCUUUCUUUGAAAAAAUAAAUGAGAACAAAAACUUAUUUUAAUGGUCUUCUUUUACUUUUGCAUAUUCUAUGGGCUUUUCUAACUAGUUUUUGUUGUUUGUUUUUAUAAAAAUUGAACAUAAAGAAAGGUGUAAAAUUUGGGGCUGGCUCUUCUUGCGAAUUCUAUAAUUUAAAAUUGAAUAUUCAUUUUUUGAAAUUUUAAAAAUUGAAUGGCAUUGCGAGCGUCACAUGAUGAUUAUUUUACAGAAGAAGAGCUCGACGAAGAAGAUAGCCAAAGUCAGGUGUCUGAUGAAAGCAUGGUUCCUUUAACGGAGUUUUCCAUCUAUCUUUCCGAAGAGCGAGUGUACCAUCCUGGUGAAGAGUUGAGCGGGAAAGUUGUAUUGGAGACGAAAGAAGAAUUUGAACUAAUUGGUUUGGAGUUAGAAUUCACAGGUGAAGUAUAUACCUACUGGACAGAAGUGAUAGCCAAUGAGAAGAGAGAAUUUCACGGACAAGAUACUUUGUUCGCUGCGAAAAGAUUGCUGUUCGGUGGUUACACACAUGAACAAAAGGGGAGCAUAGUUCAUUCAAGUGGAAAAUCGAUAUACGAAUUUAAAUACACAUGUCCGGAUAUCUUACCAAGUUCAUUCGAAUCAAGUGAGGGAUGCAUACGCUAUUGUAUAACCGCAUACAUAAAUGCUAGCGAUGAUAGCAACGACCACGAGGUCAAAGUUAUACUCACAAUUCUUGACAACAUCAGUACGGCUGAUAUCAUAUAUCAACAUGAACUUGGCGGAGAAGAGCAAAAGCAAGUUGGAUGUUUUUGCUGUUGUGCUGGACUACUAUCUUUUACUUCGACUAUAAGUCAUGGUGCGUAUCUACCCGGUGAAAAUAUAAACGUCUUAGCAAAAGCGACAAAUCAAACGUAUCGCGACAUGUCGGCUAUUAAAGCGAAGAUAGAACAAGUGGUAAUCUACUUUGAUAACAAUGAUCAACACCACGUGACCAGAAAGGUUGUUGUGAAAGUGGAGGGACCAAGUGUGGGUCGAAACCAGACUGUGAACUGGAAACCCACCAUACAAAUACCGUCCACAGCUCCAUCUAUAUUCAACUGCCAUCUUAUUCACGUCAAGUAUGUCCUACACGUGUAUGUUGAUAUACCUUGGACUGUCGACCUUGAUGUUACAUGUCCGAUCGUAGUCGGUACAACUCCAUUUAACAUAUCACAUGAUUCCUCUUCUACAUAUCGGUCCGUACCUGGUGAUGAUUUCGUCCAAGUAAUGGAAGAAGAUCUACAUAUCCGAUAUACUGCCAAUAUGUUACGAUAUCGGCCACUAUAUCCAUUUGUCGUCAGUCAACCUACGUAGCGGACGUUGUUUUUGAAAAGAGCAAAAUGUUUUAGAAAUAAUCUACUUAAGUUUUUACGAGGAAUUUUUAUGUAAAUCUCAAUAAUUC